AUGGCGCCCAAAGAUGUCUACAGUGUCAAGGAUUUCUUGCAAUAUACAGAAAAGAAUUUCGACGACGAAUUCAGCAGGAUUGCAAACGCCACCGCGUACACUUUUGAAAGAAGAGUGUUCUUCAUCGAGAAUGAGAAGGGACAGGCAAUCUGGACGCACUCCACUGGCAAUGGCGUUGCCUAUUAUCGCAGAGACUCCUCUGAGGUGACACUGCUCGUCGAGAAGUACAAGAAGUCUCGCUUUGGUACAAAGACGCGUCUUGUCAACACAACUUUGUUGGUACUUAUCAUCAUUCCGCCAAGUUUGCCUUGGCAACCACAGCACAUCCACGCCACUGCCUGCAGCAUUUUGGCCAUGUCCGUUGCCUUGGAUUGGCAGCCGCCCUGGCCUAGUGUGGUUCUCAGGGACGGACACACGUUGGACGACUUCGCGACUUACGCACGCAACAAAGGCCCAUCCUCUUUCGACAUCAUCGCCGACUCAAGCAACUACAAGUUCAGAAACACGUGUGUUCAUACCGAAGAUGGCACGUUCUCUGAGCACGAGCUACUUCAUGCCGCGUUCUGGAACGAUAGCCGCUACAACGUCCAAGUAUGGGCGGACUCUGGCGGCGAUCACGUCCACUAUUACUACGGAAAGACAGAAACUGGUACUCGACCCACCAAAGAACCCUUUCUAGACGAGGGGACUAUCAAGAUUCAGGAGCAUAACAAGGAAGCUCAAGAGGAGGCGAGGAAGAGACAGGAAGAAGAGCAGGAGGAUGAAGCUGAUGAGAAUACGGAGACUGAGACCGGCGAGAAGAUGCACAUGCAGCCAGAUACUCUCCAAGGCGAUGCAUUGUCGUCAGAAGCUCCAAGCGAGUUGCUGUUGAUUCAGAUGAGCACACCGUACACCAGCAAGCGCCGCAAAUUCUCACGCUGGCAUCCCAGCAUACUUCCCACAGCCUUUGACUCAUCCGAAGUCGAAGAGCUAUCUGCACGGGUCAAAAGCAUCCUCGUGACACUCACUGAGCAGUACAAGACCGAGUUGGAAGAGAUAUGGGCACAAGAGGAGGAGACUUCAGGCCAGAAGAUCAAGAUGCUUGAGAGGCAGCUACUUGAGAAGGGGAAAGAGGCCGAGGAGGCGAAGAAUGCAGGUCGGGGAGUGGAAGGAGAAGUAUCAGAAGUUGAAGGAUAA